CGGAUGGCCGUUUCCUCCCUCGGCGGUCUCGUCUGGAAUCUCGGUUCGCACCACUUCGUCGUAUAGCACCCCAACGGUGCAAACAAGCACAAGAGUAUAGAAUGAGGCAUUUGAGAGGCGUACUAAUUACACUGAUUCUAGAUUGGGUUUCUUUAUCGCGAUCGUUGACGACACACGCUCCGUACAGGCGUACCACAGCUACACGUUCCACCUGUACUGCUCGGCAAACCCGGGGAUCCCAAUUGGCAUCCACCACACCUUUCGAUCGCGAUCAGAGUGAAAGCUUUAUUGUUCCCAACGAAGACGUUAACCCGAUUAUUCGGCUUGGAAAGGAUGAGCAGGAAAAAAUUGUGAACGGAUUUGGCCUUUGGUGCGCAGCUGUUUCCGUCUUUACGGGGCCCUUGUGGGUCGCUGCCAUGAGUACACUACAAGCUAUUUACAAAAUUAACGCCGACUGGGAUCCGAAUCGAGCACUCUACGACAAAACGGGCAAAAUUUGGUCCAAAACCUGGCUCACACUGACAGAUUCCUAUCCGACCUUUUCCGGCGAUGUGGACCGCUUAAAAAGUUCUCAAGGCCCAUGUCUAUACGUGGCGAAUCACGCAUCUUGGCUGGACAUUCCGGUGAUCUGCACCGUUUUAGAUCCAGUUUUCAAGUUUAUUGCCAAGGGAGAAUUGCGCAAAGUGCCAUGUAUUGGACAACAACUAGAGGGGGGAAAUCACAUUCUCAUCGAUCGAGAGGACCGUCGGUCGCAACUGCGCACAUUCAAAGAUGGUAUUGGUUGGCUGAAAAAGGGCGUACCAAUCAUGGCCUUUCCCGAAGGUAUGCGCUCCCGCGAUGGAAAACUCAUGGAUUUCAAAGGAGGGCUCUUUUCGAUGGCGGUAAAAACACAGGUGCCCAUUGUUCCAAUCACGAUUUCGCACACGCACGCCGUCAUGCCGUCCAACGCCUUGUUUCCCGUGCAAACAGGAGCCGGCAAACUUCACGUACAUGUUCACGAUCCCAUCGACACGACUGGCAAGACCGAAGCCGAACUAGGAGCACUGGUACGGGCAUCCUUUUUGUCCACCUUACCGUUGGGACAGCAUCCAAAGCCAGUAGUACCAGAAAUUGAGCAAACAGCCGAAAAAGACCAUAAGACGAUUCCGAUUACUCCCAAAGUGCAAGAUACACACCACCUUCAUCAACAGCAUAUUACACCCAGUCAGACCUUAUCGCACUACACAGCAGCCUCUUCUACAAUAAAUUCCAGCCAGGAAGUUACAUCAAAGAAUCGGACGGAGGAGACUACUGUACCAUAAUCGGAAACGACAAUUCAAGGGGACUGUCCCAGCCCUUUCCGAUGUCAACUGACUGUGAGUGUGCUGGUUUUGCUACCCACAGUCAAUCACAACUUACAUCAGCACAAAAUCCUAGAUAACAACAAAUAGUUGCGUUAAAAUGGCCAUUGCGCCUUUGACU